AUGAAUUCAGCCAGCCAUUGAAUGCACCAUGCAAUGCACCACGGAUGGAUAGAUGCGAUUGCGGUGUCCAAGCCGCCAUCCAUCGCGUACGUCAUUCACACCACGUCCGUCGAUUUCAGCCUCUCUGUCGGUUUAUUUGUUCCUUUCUCCCUCCUCUUCUUGAUUGCCUCAUUCCCCUCGUCAUUGGUCGGACAUCCGGUUCUCGUCCAUGUCUGCCUGGCCCUCACUCGCCACGGGAAGCUCGCUGCGACUGUAACACAUAUACACAUACAUACAGGGCCGUCAAUCCAGGAGACAUGGCACUCUGUGUGCGUCGUCUUCCUUACACUGUUCGUUGCUGCUGGAAGAACGAUGUGAUCAUGGGCGUUGUCUGAUGCGGCACAUCAACAGGCGCCUGAGUCCUGAAGACAAGAGAACAUCAGCUGUCUGGUGUCGUUCUCUCUGUCUGUCUCCCUACUUGACCCACACACCAUGGCAUGAAGUCGCUGUGACUUGUCCUGCACAAAAGAAGAAGUGACAGCGAGGCUUCAAGAUGGCAGUAAGGUGUGUAUGUCUGUGUGUGCGGAGAAGCCACCCGAUGAUCGGGAAGAACUUGGUGAUGGCCUGCAGGCGAGUGGGCUUCUUGUCGCGACCAAAUACCUUGCUGCACACAGCAAGCAGACAUAGACGUACAGGCAAGUGCACUUCAUGUUCAUUGUGCUGGUGCAAGUGCAGCGGGGUGGUUGUCUAAGGUACUUGUCGGUUGAGUGAUCUUCGUUGUCUCCGCCGUUGCUAUCCUCCACGCCUCUGGCCUCCUCGUCCCUCUCGGUGCAGGAGGCCGCCCACCGCUCCUCGAUGCGGUCCUCACUGCAGUCACAUAGAUGCUAUCCAUGCAUCAUUUCGUCUGUGUGUGUGUGUGUGUGUGUGUGUGCUGUGUUCCUGUCGUCCCACCUAUCGGUGUCCUCGUCAAUGAGUGUUUCCUCCUCCCACUCAUCCCGCCGCUUCCAGUGCGGUAGCUGCCACAUCUCAUGCUCACACACAUAGCGAGAACUGAACCGCGACACCUGAUGACACCCCGUACAGAGCAGGCCAUUUCUGCCGUCUCGAGUCAUAUGUAUCGGCAUGUGAUGUGUACGUGCGUACCUCUUGCUGUCGGUCGACGGGCACCAGCUGCUCGCCUGUCUUGCCGUCCAUCACACCCAACACGGAGACGUCGCCAUGCUUCUGCUGCCCGUGCCGCUGAAAUGCCCAGCCGUCGUUGUCAUGUUCGUCAUCCGAGACAAUGCCACCCUCUGCAUUCAGGUACAUGCGGUCGAGCAUGGAUGCACCGCCGUAGAGGAUGACCUCGCUCCCCGUCCACACAGCUGCUGCCGCACGGACAGGUGGGGCCUCGUACGGCUCGAAGGCACGCUCGCGUGCGAUCAUGGAGGGGGAGCGAGGGGGCCGGGCGGGCAUCUGUCGCUCUCUUGCGAAGGACGGGAGGCUGAAGCGGCCUGUGUUGAUGUCGAAGAUGACGGUCUGGGUGCCGCCGCAGAGGAAGCGGUUGAGGAGGAACCCGUCGUUCCCCUCAGCGUAGCCCGUCAUCAUGAUGAUCUUGUCACCUGCAUGCAGUGUACCACAGACACGAUGUAACACGCCCCUAUAUUGUUUGUUUUGCCUCAUCUGACCUGCCAGAACGGCCGUGUGGCGCUCGAAGUUGCAGAGAUAUGGCUCGUCAUACAUGGACCUCGUGACUUCAUCUGUGGAGGAGAGGGCAAUCGGGUGAAAUGAACACAACCCCCUCAUCCACCCUCACUGACCGUCUUGCGAUGGUUUGAUGCCCUCAUCGACCCACGGCAGCUCAUCAAAUGCGAUCCACCUGCAGCAAAUGGAGACUAUUGAAUGGCGCCUCGUCUCGUCUCUUCCUCUUGUGUGCCUCACGUCUUUGUCUCGCCAUCGAAUGUGUCGAUGCGGUUGAGUUGACCGAAAUACAUGGUAGAUGAGCACCCACGCGGACUGUCGUACUCCCACUCUGCAUGAAGGAAAACGCGAGUAGAAGCAGGCAGAGUAGUGAGGCGACAUCUGUCCGUCCUUACCAUCUCCGCCGAUGAUGAAGACGUAGCGGUCCUUGACGAGCGUGGCGGUGUGGUUGACACGGCCGUUCGGUCGCUCGCCAAACACAGAGUCACUCCUAGACGAAGAAACGUAUAACAGACGCUUGGCCAGCGAUAGAUAUAGCGACGUACCCGUCGAAAGACCACGUCGCUAUAUCAACAAUGGUCGACAUCGGCAUGACAUCCCUGCAUAGUCGGACGCACUGUCAGGUGCAUUCCACUUCAGGUGUCUGGGGUCACCUCAUGUCGUGUGGGUCGUCAGGCCAGUCGUCUCGGCCAUUGACGAUGAAGACGUAGCCUUCUGGGUGCUCAGUCGACCGGAUGGGCACGAACGUGGAAGUGAAGUAGCGCCUGAAUCAACAAGGGCAAAAGCCAUGCACACACAUGGACACUGAAGGAACCCCUUCUUAGCUUGUAGGUAGAUUCACCUCUUGAGCGGCAGAGUGGUUCUCUUUUUCUUUGGCACACCCUCCUCCUGUCCCCACAGCUCACGUCUGGACAACCACUCGUAGCGAUACUCGAUCUCACUCUGACUCACCCCCUCCGCCCCACCCGCCCCCUGCCUCUGUUGCUGCCCCUCCUCCUCUUUGCUGAUCUCCAGCACACCCCACAUCUGCUCGCGUGGUGUCCCGUCGUUGUAGUCGACUGGUCCGCCGCACACGAAAUAUCUCUGUGGGAGGUAGGGCUGCGAUGUGGCUGUGGGGGUGUGGGGUGAGGGGAUGUGGAUGGAUGUCAGGGUGAGUGAGUCCGAUGCGUAUGGGGGCGUGCCGUGGACCUCACACUCGUGCCACUCAUACGUGCCCCUCGACAGCAGAGACUUGAGAGACACACUGACACACACACAGAUGGAAUGGGCGUCUCAUACGGGCGACAGCAUCAGUGUGAGUGUGUGUGUGUGUGUGUGUGUAUUGUGCUGUUACCGCCACAGGUCGUUCUUGUAGUUGCCCUCAUCAAUCACACCACCUGUUGGUCAACACACAGACAACAAUCCACACGUUAGCACCACCCCUCGUGUUUCUCAUUGACUCACCGAACACAUAGAGAGAAUCGCCCAGGAUGAAGAGUGACGGCCGGCUCCGCGCCAUCUCGGGACGCCACUUCUGACACUGGGCCUUGCCCCACCGCAGCACAUCCACACCACCGCCACCCGUGCCCAGCGCCUCGAUCUUCUUGCCGCGGCAGUACGCGUCUCGGUACUGGCUGUCGGGCAGUGGCUUGUAUGCGUUGGUGUUUAUGGUGGGGCUGGUGGAUUGGGCGACGCUACGGGCAAAGGAGGGGCGGGGUGGCGGGGGGAAGUGGGCGGCGCCUUCGAUGGGCCUGAUGGUGCUCUUGUUGAACGAACGAUGGUACUGCACACACACACGGCGGAAAGAGGCUGUCAGUGGCCGAUCCAUGGAUCGUUUUUCUCUCACCUGUGUUUGCCAGAGGCCAUCAGUGGAGCCGUCAGCCAGAAGGAUGCAAUGGAGAUCUCUCACUGCCUGAUGGAAACAGCAGACAAGCAAACAGCUCCGGUUUUGUCAUGCUGAUGGCCGCCAUCUGUGCAUCAUCGCUGUAUACCUCUGUCAGGCCCAUUGAGCAGCUCAGUGCCCUCGAGGAACGGAAACACGAGGGAAGCAACAUCAGCCAACUGCGGCGUCGCUUUGGCGUCCUCCAUCACUCAAACUGGCAGAGAGGCUCGGCGAAUGGAUCCUUCGAGUGACGCGCGUCCUUUGCAGGCGAAAACACGAGGGGAG